AUGUCGGAGACGCAGGGCGAGCUCCGCUGCAAGGAGCAGGAGAACGAGAAGCUGAAGGUGCGCCUCGAGGUGUCCGAGCGCGAGCUGAAGACGCUGCAGGACUGUCUGUGCAGCGCGCAGAAGCUCAUCGACCAGCUGCAGGGGCCCUUCGGCACCCCGCCCCUGCCGAGCCACCACGGCUACCCGCCUCCGCCGCCGCCGCCGCCGCCGCAGGUCAACCCCGUGGGCUCCGGCCGCCUGGUUCACCGAGGAGCGAGCGACUCCGCCACCGACCCGCGCUGCUUCGCCGCCGCCGCCGGGGAGCCGGAGCUGAGCGGAGCGCUGGGAGACGCCAUACACGGCUUCGACUCCAGAGAGGACUUCAAGAGCUGCCAUCUGUCCAUCCAGCCGGACGGGACGGUGACCAACAGCUACUACGACCCCAUGCCCGUCCACUCGGCCGGCAUGUGCCAUGACGUCAACAGGACAGGUGAGAUGAGUGACAGGCGGCUUUCCCACCCUGCCUCCCACCCUCCUUACCCAGUCAAACAGGAGCAGGGUCCGAGUGCUUCAGGCCACGUGUGCGGGAGGGGCGGCGAUGGCGAGCGCUCGGCCCAGAGCGUGUGCGACCUGGGCUACAUCCACGUGGUGGAGGAAGAAGGAGGUGGUUCUCGUCCCCACAGCCAUCCGCCCAAAGCCACACCCACUCCCCCUUCCUCCGGGUCUCAUAACGGCCCCUCUUCUGGCAGCCCAACUCCACAGGGCCCAUCCGGACUUGGCACGGCCCAGAGGGAGGCAUCUGGGGCCGGCACACAAAGCCCUGGGACGUCCCCGGAGGUACGCAGGCGUCGUUCAGCCUCAGAGCUAAUGGGUGAGGCUCCGGGUGAUCGCCCCCACCUGUGCAUGGAGUGCGGCAAAACCUUCCGGCUGGUGUCCAGCCUGAAGAAGCACCUGCGCAUCCACACGGGCGAGAAGCCGUACCCGUGCGCCGUGUGCGGCCGCCGCUUCCGUGAGUCUGGCGCCCUAAAGACGCACCUGCGCAUCCACACGGGCGAGAAGCCCUAUUCCUGUUCAGAGUGUGGGACUCGCUUCCGCCACCUGGAUGGCCUGCGCAAGCACCGGCGCACGCACACCGGCGAGAAGCCCUACGUCUGCGCCGUGUGUGGCAAGCGCCUCAGCCGCCUGCAGCACCUCAAGCAGCACCAGCGCAUCCACACGGGUGAGCCGCCCACUCGCUGCCCGCUCUGCCGCCGCGCCUUCCAGGAUGUCGCCGCACUCAGGAAGCAUCUGCGGCACCACCAGGGCGAGCCGGGACUGGAGGAGGUCCGAGACAGGCUGGGGCUCGACGCAGAUGAGGAGGAGGACGGUGACCCGAACCUCCAAGGCUCCAUGGAGGACGAGGAGAUGAGGUUCGGGAUGUGGGGGGAGGAGGAGAGGGAGGAAGGGGAAGCGGCAGUCGAUUGCGUGUAG